UGAUUCGCUCCGUCUGUCCCGUUCUGAUACAAUCAGAAAUCGAGCGAGUGACAGAGAUCAAAACCCUAAGCACUCAACAGACAGAUUUGAUACAGUCUCGAUGGGAAGCGCCGAUGAUCGGACCUUCAAUGGUGGGGAAGAAAUUGUCAAGUUGAAAGAGAGCUUGAAGCUCCUGGACAUUGGCGAAAUUAUUGGCAAGGCUAAGAUGCAUGCAGCUGAAGCAUAUUCUCAUGCUAAGGAAGCCUAUCGUCUGAGAGAUGAAUUUUUCAAGCUGAUCGAGCAACAUGCAUAUGCUGACCUUGAUUCUGGAACUAAAGAGAGAUUGUCUUUGGCUGCUGCUUCCUUGAAUGCUGCUCUUGGUGUGGCAGAUGCUGCUAGUGAUGCAGACUCUGAUCAGGGUAAACCAACGUUAUCUACAAAGAAGCUUGAUUCACGUGAAAGAAGCGCGCAUAGAGAGGCUGUAGCUCGAGACAAGAAAGUUUUGUCACGUGAAGAAGAAGAAAUAAAGCUGGAGCAACAAGGCUGUGAGAAAAUGGCGCAUCUAGAGGCUGUGAGAGAGGGCUUAGCUCUUGAGGAGGUGGCAGAUGCCGCCAACAUUGCCGCUAGUGCUACCGACCCUGAUCAGGAUAACCCAGCUGCAUCUACAAAGCUCGAUUAUGGUGAAAGAUUGGCUGCUAGUGCAUCAGACUCUGAUCAGGGUAUCCCAUCUUUAUUAGCAGCACAAACUGCAUCUUUUUUUUCGUCACUGACACAAACUGUAUCUACAAGCCUCGAUGCUGGUGAAAAAAGGCCUCGGAGAGAGGCUGUGAGAGAGGGGCUAGCUCGAGGCAAGCAAGAUUUCUCACGUGAAGAAGAAAGGAUAAGGCUGGAGGCACAAGUGGAAGCAAAAAACGAAUGUAGAAAGAAAAAGCGUGAAGAGGAGAGUAGGAUGAGAGAUGACAAGAGGAAACAAAAGAUGGAUAAAAACACGAAGCCAAAGGACAAGGACAAGGGCAAGGGCAAGAAGUAAAAGACUAUGAAGACAGCAAACGUUUUGCACCUUUAGUUUUGUUCUGUGAUCUUUCUUUUUCUAGUUAUAACUGAAACAAGGUGUUUCCAAAACCAACCCGCUCAGUUAUAUUAUAUGUGCCCUUAUGCCCAUACAUUGUGAGUAGUCUCAUUCAAGUGAAUCACUUCAAAAGCUUGUGAUCAAAAGGGUUUGAUCUUUGUGAUGAAUGUUGGUUUGUAGGUAUUUUGGUCAUAUAGAUAUCUCGGUGGACAUCAGCUGCACUUGUUGUUUCAGUGACAUUGUUGUUACAUAGAGGAAACCCACGUUUCUCUCAGCUGUCUCUGGUCUGUUUUUGGCUGUCUUCCUUUUUUCGGGUCAAGCUACGUUGCGGUUUUACCACUCCUGUUCUAAACACCGGCAAGCACUCAAUUAUUACUAUUGUGCUUCUUUCAGUAUAAUCUGUGUCGUAAAGUAUCCAAAGAGAAGUCUUCUGAGCAGUUAAAUAACGUAUAUGAAUUGGAAGAAGAUGGUCAGUUCCCCUCGGUGGUCAAAAGUAUGGACAGUUGGCCUUGUGGCAAUAUUGGUUUCAUUUUGCGGUAUAAUUGCAUCAGAAACAUUUGCUUUCCUCGGUGGCAAGGCAUUUGGUAAGACCCCAUAAGUCCAAAGAAGAUAUGGGAAGGAGCGGUUGCAUGACUUGUUGGUUGUAUUGCCAUUACCAGUGUCUCUGCAAAUCUACCUCAUGGCCUCAGUCUCUUGUCAGCACCAAUAGCUUUUGGGGUUCUUAACUUCUUUUAAUCGGUCUUCGGUGACUUAACCGAGUCAAUGACCAAACGUAAUGCGGGUGUCAAAGACUCAGGUGGACCGUGGACAUGGUAAUAUUAUGAAACAGACCAGUUAUUGUUCUAGCCGUAAUGUAUUCUUUAACCGACUGCAGGUGGACAGAGAGCCUACUCGUUCGUAAGGGUUCAUGGAGUUUCAUUCUACUGUGACUGGUCACCUUAAAAAACCCAUUAUUAGAGCUUCAAGAAGGCUUACAUUUCCCUCCACGACAGUGAAAUUCAAGUAAGGAUAUAGUAAAUGAUGGUGAUGUGGCUGUAUAUUCUGGUUGGAGAUGAAGCUUCCGGUUUAUUGUCUGAUUGAAGCUGUAUACAACAUUUUGGUUCAGUGCGGGUACCGGUUCGGUAGAGCGUUUUCUUUUCUAGGAAAUGGAUUAAAGAAAAA